GGCGCGGAGGCGGCAGGAGCGGCAUCUCGGCCCCGGCGGACAGCAAGACGCGGCAGCGGCUCCGGCGACAUGUGCAGCGGGCGAGGAGGCAUCUGGCUGGCUCUGGCCGCCGCGCUGCUGCACGUGUCCCUGCAAGGCGAGUUCCAGAGGAGGCUGUACAAGGAGCUGGUCAAGAACUACAACCCGCUGGAAAGGCCGGUGGCCAACGACUCGCAGCCGCUCACGGUGUACUUCUCCCUGAGCCUCCUGCAGAUCAUGGAUGUGGAUGAGAAGAACCAAGUUUUAACUACUAACAUUUGGCUGCAAAUGUCUUGGACAGAUCACUAUUUGCAGUGGAACAUGUCCGAGUACCCCGGAGUAAAGAGUGUUCGCUUCCCAGAUGGGCAGAUUUGGAAACCAGACAUUCUUCUCUAUAACAGUGCUGACGAACGGUUUGAUGCCACAUUCCACACCAACGUCUUGGUGAAUGCAUCUGGUCAUUGCCAGUAUCUUCCUCCAGGCAUAUUCAAGAGCUCCUGCUACAUUGAUGUGCGCUGGUUCCCUUUUGAUGUACAGCAGUGCAAACUGAAGUUUGGGUCCUGGUCCUAUGGAGGGUGGUCCUUGGACCUGCAGAUGCAGGAGGCAGAUAUCAGCAGCUAUAUCCCCAAUGGAGAAUGGGAUCUCAUGGGAGUCCCUGGCAAGAGGAAUGAGAAGUUCUACGAAUGCUGCAAAGAGCCAUACCCAGAUGUCACCUAUACAGUAACCAUGCGCCGCAGGACUCUCUAUUAUGGCCUCAACCUGCUCAUCCCCUGCGUGCUCAUCUCGGCCCUGGCUCUGCUGGUAUUCUUGCUCCCUGCAGACUCUGGGGAGAAAAUAUCCCUUGGAAUAACUGUCUUGCUUUCUCUGACUGUCUUCAUGCUUCUUGUGGCUGAGAUCAUGCCUGCGACAUCUGAUUCCGUGCCCUUGAUAGCUCAGUACUUCGCCAGCACCAUGAUCAUCGUGGGCCUUUCUGUGGUGGUGACAGUGAUUGUGCUGCGAUAUCAUCACCAUGACCCUGAUGGUGGCAAGAUGCCCAAGUGGACCAGGAUCAUUCUCCUGAACUGGUGUGCGUGGUUCCUGCGCAUGAAGAGGCCCGGAGAGGACAAGGUGCGGCCAGCUUGUCAGCACAAGCCUCGCCGCUGCAGCCUGGCCAGUGUGGAGCUGAGCGCAGGCGCUGGGCCACCCACCAGCAAUGGCAACCUGCUCUACAUUGGCUUCCGAGGCCUGGAGGGCAUGCACUGUGCCCCAACUCCAGACUCUGGGGUUGUGUGUGGCCGUUUGGCCUGCUCCCCAACACACGAUGAGCACCUCAUGCAUGGUUCGCACCCCUCUGACGGGGACUCCGACCUGGCCAAGAUCCUGGAGGAGGUCCGCUACAUCGCCAACCGCUUCCGCUGCCAGGAUGAGAGUGAAGAGCUCUGCAGCGAGUGGAAGUUUGCGGCCUGCGUGGUGGACCGCUUGUGCCUCAUGGCCUUUUCGGUCUUUACCAUCAUCUGCACCAUCGGCAUCCUCAUGUCAGCCCCAAACUUCGUGGAAGCUGUGUCCAAAGACUUCGCUUAAUAUGAUCAUGUAGAAAGUGCACAGAGGAGGAGCGUAUGUGGGGGAUGAGAAUCGGGGUCCUGGCCCCAUAUUGUGUUAAAUGGAACAACUCUGAAGUGUCCCUGUAGCUGCCAGGCUUGAGACUUAGUUUCCUGGUUACUUUAACAAAAAAGAUCCCAGCACCCUUGUGUUUACUCUUCUUGCGCUUACCAUUGGCAUAUCUUGUCCUCAGCAGGGGCAUUGUCCAGUUGGUGUGGCAUAUUUGCAUGCCCUUGUAAUGGGCUC